CGGCUCGACGACGCCGUGCACCUCCUCUACUCCAUGUUGUGGAGGAUCUCUCGAAAGGGCUGCGACGCUGACGUCGUCGUCUACCGCACGCUCCUUGAGUCCCUCUGCGCCGCAGGAAGGGUCGAAUUGGCGGAGGAGAUACUUGGCAAGGUGCUGAAGAAGGGGCUCAGGUCGCCGCGAGCGAGACAAGCGUUCCAAAGGCCGGUUCUUUCCAUCGCGGCUAACCUGGAGGAGAUGAAGAGGAUAAUUGACGAGGCGCUUGUGGUGCGUGGGAUUAGAAGCCUCGCGAGCUAUGAUGCCAUGAUAACAGAUUUGUAUGCGGAGAGUGAGUUUACUCACGCUGGUAAGAUGCUUGAUGAAAUGACACAGAAGGGAUUUAGACCGCCGAUAUCCAUCUAUGAGGCAAAGAUAGCUGCGCUUUGCAGGGAAGGGAGGGUGGAGGAUGGAAUGAGAGUGUUGGAGGUGGAAAUUGUGGAGAGUGGAUGUGUGCCUACGGUGAGAUCCUAUAACCUGGUGAUGGAGGGGCUUUGCAUGAAAGGGGAAUCGACAAGAGCAAUGGGUUAUCUGGAUAGAAUGGAUAAACAGCUUGGUUGUGUUGCCCCGAAACAGUCAUAUGAGAUUCUGGUGACUGGUUUCUGCGCUGAAGGACUUUAUCUUGAGGCGGCUCAUGUCUUGGAGAAGAUGCACAAGAGGAAAUAUUGGCCCGAGUGUACAAUUUUUGUUAGUGUGAUUCAAGGACUCUGCUCCAUUGGAACUAUGUAUGAAGCCCUAUUAUGGCUUGAGGAAAUGAUCAGCCAAGGAAAGAUUCCGGUGGCUUCUAUGUGGAGCUCAUUGGUAUCUAUGCUGUUUGGUGCGCCAAAGAUUGAAAAUGAUCCAUACAUGGCUUCUCUGCUGCAUGAUUUAUUAGCCGUUGAUUGAAGAACUUUUUUAUGCUGGUUUUCAGGUGGUUCGCUGCCUGCAAUUUCGGUAGCAAAUCAGACCUCUACACCUGUCCCAUAAGUAUAACUACCUCAGAAAGUUGGUUACAUAAUAUCUGUUCAUAUAUAUGCAUUUACAACAGUGUAAGGAGACGGGACAGAAAAUGAACUUCCUCACCUAUCUUUUAUUCUUCGGUGUUCCUUUUAUCUCUAAGCUUGCAGGUUACAUGUUCAUCUUUCGCUUUGGCUUCGAACUUCAGGAUAUGCAAAAGAAGCUUCAGCAGCAGAACAGAGGUCUUAGCAAGGCUGAACAGAUGCUGAUUGGUCUUUUCAACAGAAAAAGGUGAAUGUUAAAUUAAAUUUGGCUGAUGUUUUUUUAUUUGACAAGUAGUUUUCCUCCACCCUUGCUCAUGAUAUUAAUAUUUUCAAGGUUGGAAAUCUUGCUUGAAAAGAAUAAGAUUUUACGUUUCCAUUGCAUGGGAAACUCUUGCCAUGCUUAUGACUAUUUAAAGCAUAUGAUCAUUAUUCCAGGGGCUAUGUUGCAUCAGAGUUCAUAGGCGAUUUAUGGUUAUGAU